UUACAGGAGUAUUUACUGCACUUCGAGGAGAUUGAGCGCAAUAUCCCUCAAGUUCUUCUUCCUUUGAUGACCCCAUUUUUUGAACGAAUCCAUCAGGCCUUCAGUCCUGGUCUCUCUCUUCUCUCUUGGAAUUCAUUGAAUAUUGAGGAAUUUCUAAGCAAAGUUGACAGCGAAUUGAAAGCGUUGGAGCUUCUAAUCAAGCAAUGUUCGGACAUCAUAAGCUGCCGAGUGGAAGCCGUACUUCAGGACAUGUCUUUAACCUGUUUGUCUGACAUCCCUGAAGAUGAGCCCGUCACGUUGGAGGACUUUAUUCGCAUUACAGAAGAGACAACCAGAGAAGCUUCUAUAUAUCUUUCAGAGUAG